CAGUUGUCCUCAGACAAUCGGCGAGGUCGCACGUCGACCGACGCCACCUCGAACUACAAAAUUACGAUAAAAUUUUGAUUUCGGAAACGUUACAUUUAAAACUCUAGCCAUCGGUAGCAUUCGGGUUCCGGAAAAUAAUUCAAAUUGCAUCUCGAACAUUCGAACGUUAGUUUUUCGACGAAUAAAAAGCAAGUGUGUCGUUAUUAUUUUUGUGUUAUAAACACUUUGAAGUGUUGUAAAGUAAACAUAUUAUUAUGUGUGUUUAUUAGAUUUUGUGACGUAAAUGGUGACUGAUGACUUUAUGGCAUUGUGGGGGGAUUUGUAUCGGAUGAAGGCGCUGGCGAUCGGCCAGCCGAGGGCCGAAACACGCUUUUAUAUUCCUGUUACACCUGAAAAGGAGAUAGAAUGCCAAGACUAAAGAAGAGAAGACACCACAAAAAAUACAAAGUACGGUGAAGGAGUAGCAUGUCUCAAUAAAACCGCACGAUGCUUGAAGACGGCAGUCGGGAACUGUCUAAGCGAAAUUAUAGCAACGAUGCAAGUUUUAUGGAAGAACCGAAAUGCUGUUUUACAAGAAGAGGUAUAGAUGACUCAAGGCUAUUCUGCUGCCGAUGUGUUCACAAGCGAAGGGCUUCUCCUCUCACCUGUCUUGCGAUAUGUUUCCUGGUUCUAACUUACAACCUCCUAGGUGGCUUUCUUUUUCUUGCAAUAGAAGGCAACACAGUCACAGAGGAAACAGCAGUUGCUGCCUCAAAACCAAACCUCAGUCAGCCUCAGACUGUCAGCAACGAUAUUAGAUCGAAGACAGUCGAAAAGUUAUGGUCUAUAACUGAAGACCUAAACAUUUUGUACAAGGAGAACUGGACCAAAUUAGCUGCUAAAGAGUUAAUGGAUUUCCAAAAGGUUCUUAUAAAGAGCAUGCGCGGCGGCGUACUGUUGGACAAUAAGCUAACCUUUGAUCACGAAUCCGACUACAGAUGGACAUUUUCAAAUAGUUUCCUUUAUGCCUUGACUUUGAUCACGACGAUUGGCCAUGGAAACGUCACUCCUAAAUCAUCAGUGGGGAAAAUGGUUGCUGUGGUCUAUGCUUGCAUCGGCAUUCCCAUAAUUAUGCUGUAUCUCUCCACUAUCGGCGAAGCACUGGCCCGAAACUUCCGAGUGCUUUAUUCGAAGAUCUGCCCAUCGAGCCAGAACAGCGACAGCUUCCACACCAAAGCAGACUGCUUGAACCGACACUCUGUUCAAGGCGAGUGCAGUAAAGAUAAAAGGGAGAAGUACAGUGGCGAACAACAAAAGCGGACCCCUUUUCAAGCUGCGUUAAAUUUAGAUAAUUUUAGUGGUGGCUAUCAUUGGACGUGUCGGGACCACACUCGUGUGCCAAUUAUUCUUAGUUUCUUUCUAAUCGUACUUUAUAUAGGAUUAGGCUCCUUUGUAUUCCACACGACAGAGAAAUGGGACUUCAUGGACGGAUGUUUCUUUUCAUUCGCAAGUUUGGCAACCAUAGGUUUUGGUGACUUGAAACCAGGGUUGUAUGCCAGCACCGUUUCUCCCAAGGCUGAAGAUAUAGCUGUAGGCGUGUGCUGCAUUUACAUUUUAGUGGGUAUCGUAAUAAUAGCUAUGUGUUUUAAUCUCAUACAAGAAGACAUGAGUACGAUGUUAAAGAAAUUUACGACAUUAUGUACGGGAACUGCGAAAUCUCGAGCCGUGCACAGCGUGGAGAAGAUAUGCGAUGAUAAAAUACCUAUGUCAAUUGUUUCCUGACAUAAAGACACGGCCGACGCGGGGCCGUCUGCUAGUUUCCCGACUUGCACUGAAAAACGCCAGCAGGUGACCUUCAAAAUAGACGGAUCGAACCCGACCAAGUUCAAUAGUCUUCCAAGGCGGAAAUCUUCGAACUACGGUGAGGAGAGCUUCCAACGGAACACGCCUGUGCGACGGUCAGCGGGUCACGCGGAGAAGUGCGUCGAGUAUUUUGUUCCGAGAAGUCUGAGUGAAUUUAAUCUGAGUGGAACUGGAGGCGACCUAUACGAUUUGGCGCCGUUUAGUGGUAAAAGUCAUGAGGCGAAAUCGAGUGUUAAAAAUAGAGAUAAAAUGGUGACGUUUGAGGAUGACAGACCGCCGAGCAAAGCUUUGGCGGAUGACGUUUUUAUGUGACAACGACGAACGCUGAAGAUAGUCGUAGAAUUGUUGAUUUGGACACGGUUUGUUAUAUGAGUAAAUAUAAACCUUUUUUAAUUAAA